AACAUCUAUGAUUUAAGUGGAAAAAACACAGCUCUAUUAGCCUAUAGCAGCAGAUUAAUACAUGUCAGGACGGUAGCCGGGAAUCGAUUCAUCAUCGGGCACGGCUGACCUGAAUUUUUAAUUUAUUUCCUGGAGGGCUCUACAUUUUAUCCUCGGAUGGGAAAUGUCUCCAGCGUCGGCCAGGCGUUUAUUUGUUAUCUGAGAGGAGUCGUAGCUGACUGGCUACCUGGCUAACUCCCCCCUACCCCCUUUCAACGAGUUAGCUACUUAGCGAUAGAGGUGUGGAAACAUAGAAAUCCGGCUUUGGCAGGCUGUGGUCAAGAGGACGACACUUGACAAUGAAUGGCCUUUCUGUGAGUGAGCUGUGCUGCCUGUUCUGUUGCCCCCCCUGCCCCAGCCGCAUUGCUGCCAAGCUUGCCUUUCUGCCCCCUGAGCCCACCUAUGCCCUCCUGCCCGAUCUGGAGGCCGGGCCGGUUCCGGCCGGACCCACGGGGACGUUGAGCUUACGUUCCCGGGGAGGAGGUGGUGGUGGGAGUUCAGUAGGGGGAGGGAAUGCCACAGGGGAGGGGCGCUGGAAGCUCCAUCUCACAGAGCGAGCGGAAUUCCAGUAUUCCCAGCGGGAACUGGAUGCCACGGAAGUGUUCUUGACUCGCUCUAGUCGGGGGAACAGAGUGGGCUGCAUGUAUAUCCGCUGUGCCCCCUCUGCUAGGUUCACUGUCCUGUUCUCCCAUGGUAACGCAGUGGAUCUAGGUCAGAUGAGCAGCUUCUAUAUUGGCCUAGGCACUCGCAUCAACUGUAACAUAUUCUCUUAUGAUUACUCCGGCUAUGGCGUCAGCACAGGGAAACCAUCUGAAAAGAAUUUAUACGCAGACAUAGAUGCAGCGUGGCAGGCUCUACGCUCAAGAUAUGGCAUCAGCCCAGAGAAUAUAAUCCUGUAUGGACAGAGCAUUGGCACAGUGCCCACGGUGGACCUGGCAUCACGAUAUGAGUGUGCUGCUGUGAUUCUUCACUCCCCUCUCACCUCUGGCAUGAGGGUGGCCUUCCCAGACACUAAGAAAACGUACUGUUUUGAUGCGUUUCCCAACAUUGAGAAAGUGUCUAAAAUCACGUCUCCAGUGUUGAUAAUCCACGGGACAGAGGACGAGGUGAUAGAUUUCUCCCAUGGCCUGGCCCUGUACGAGCGCUGCCCCAAAGCCGUGGAGCCACUGUGGGUGGAGGGAGCCGGACACAAUGACAUCGAACUGUACAGCCAGUACCUGGAACGCCUGCGUCGCUUCAUCGGUCAGGAACUGGCUGCACAACAUGCCUGAGCACUCCUGCAUCCCUCUGUUUCUCUCUCUUUACAACUCGUCAUCCCACCAUCUCCCAGUCUGAGUGAGAGUGAGAUGGAUGCAUCUGUAACUUACUGAAGGUAGUCAUUUUGUAUGGACGAUUAUUAUCGGAGCAGCUCGACAUGGAUGCUCCUCUGCUCGGAUUGUUUCAAGAGUUUUUUUUUUUUUUUUUCUCUCUUCCAUUUAUAGUUAUUUGUACGUGUGAGCAUGCAUGUGCGUGCAUAUGUGUGUGCAUAGGAAGGGCAAUUUCUCUGGGGCAAGCAUGGAUAGAUUCCUCUCUGCCCCUUAAACAGUGCAAGGAAAUAAGCCAGACCAAGCCCUGUACCUCCAACCUUAUUUUCUUUCUCUGUAUCUGAGUAUUCGUCUGUCAGUCGUUCGGUGGUUUCCUUCUCCAGUCUGCUCCCAUGAUGCCUCAGCAGAGAGAUCUUCACUUCCCACUUGUCAUCAGACAACCUAAAAUAGCUCAAUCUCAGUGUUGACAAAGUUCCUAGCCUUGGUACAAAGCUUCGACCCUGCAGUGGAUUGGAAUAAACAGGAUGUUUGGCAGUGCAUUUCAGAAUUGAGUUUUGAUGCAUCCUACACUAGUGCAAAGAUGCCAUCUCACUAUUUUCUCACUACGUUACCAUUUGGCUUCCACUCUUCUGCCCAGGUCUGUGGGUCCAUUCUCUCUCUGACUUGCACUGACGUUGCCCUCUGAUUAGGUUCCCUUUAUGUAAAAGAUGAACCAACUGUAGGUGAGAUGACACCUGAUGAUCUAUACUGCUCCAGGCAGGGAAAGCUCGAAUGGCUUUUGUCCCCAGCAGAUCAGUCCAUAUUAUCUUUCUCUCUCCAUCUCUCUUCUCUUUCUUCUUUACAUGUAAGGGUGUCCAUAGCACCCUGAGGUGAAAGAAACUGGGAAGGCAGCUCACUCAUCAUGUUUCAAUGAAACCGCUGUGGUCGAGAUCCAUCACAUGAUAUGGAGUACACCUGCUGCUCUUUUGGAAAAGCAUAUAUAUGUCCAGAACCAUGCGUCAUGUUUUUGAACUGUUGGGCCAGUAGCAAGAUUGAGUUUUCAUUAUCUCAUUGGGACUUUCCUAAAGCCAGAUUUCCACAUUUAUACAUGGCUGCCAGGAUCACCAAAAGGCAGUUGAACCUUUUUAACAGGGCUUGUGUUUAUAAAUGGAUUAAUUGUGUGGAUUAAACAAAGAAUGCACACAACACGGGUAGUAGUCAGAGCUUAAAAUAUAAAUCACUUUUGAAGUCUGUGGCAAUGACAUGCAACUCCCAACCAGUUUUUCCAGUUCUGAGUCUGACAUCAGGUGUAUAUAUCCCUGCCAUAGAAAUGUUACAUCUACAGAUUGCAUUCAAAUUCGAGGCCCACUGAAAUCACGCAUAUUUAAUUUGUGGUCUUGUGGGUUUUUUUUUAUCACUGAGUUAAAAGUGAUGAAUUUGGAAAGCGAUAGGUCAGGGCUGUGUUUCCCAAAGGCAUCUCAGCUUAAGUUGAUCGUAGAGAUCAUUGGCGCCAGUGGUUUCUACGAUCUACUUAGGCUUAUGAUGCUUUUGGGAAAUGCAGCCCUGCUCAUUUAAAAGUAGAGUUCAUCAUUUAAAGGGUGUAGAUCAUCGAAAAAAUACAUUUCUGUCACCAUUUACUCACUAUUAUGUUGUUCUGAACUAAAAACAUGCAAUGAAAGAGAAUGGUGACUGAGGCUGUCAGUCCCUAGCAUUCUGCCUAACAUUUUGUUUUGUAUUUUCAGUUAGAGUUCUCUUUAUGAUGUCUGAUAUGUUGUGGAUGCAACCAUGACUCUUACAGCUAUCAGGUUUCAUGGUGUAUAGAAAGACAAGAUACCAAUAGGUUGAAAUAUGCUUUGAAUUCCUAAAAACACUUGUGUUGAGAUCAUUCAGUGAGGUGUCGCUCACUCAGACUUAAGCUCUUCAACUGUGAAUUAUCAAGAGAACUGGCUGCUACAGAUCAUGGUUGAAUGGUCUCAAAUGAAAUUAAAGGGCCAAACCCUUCAACCUUCUUUUUUCUGAUGCAUCAAAGACUACCAAGCAUUUAUACUGAGAUAAUAUAAUAUAUCACUUCCCCAUGCAGGCAGGAUUCAUUCUUACUUUUUUUAUAAGGAUUGUUCACCUAAAAAAUAAAUAAUAAUUGUUUACUCUCAUGGAAACAAUAUAUUUUUGGAAACACAAAAGACGAUAUUAGGCCAAAUGUAAGCCUCGGUCACCGCUCACUUUAAUUGUAUGGGGAAAAAGAUGCAAUUAAAGUGAAUUGUUACUGGGGCUAACAUUCUGCCUAACAUCUUGUUUUGUGUUCCAGAGAAAAAAGAAAGUCAUAUGGGUUUAGAGCAAUGCAAGGGUGAUUAAAUAAUGGCAAAGUUUUCAUUUUUGGGUGAACCAACACAUUUACACAUUGGGCUGUGGUUUUAUAACUAUUCUGGAUUACUCACAAUAACUUACAAUACAUGUAAUUAGAUUAACUUUAAUACCUUGUUAGACUAGAUGAAUAUUUAGAUUUUAUUUCGUCAUAGUUGCAAGCAGGGUCAGAAUUUAACUUUUCAAUUAAGGGGCAAUAUUUGCUCCCUGGAUUUCAUUUUCAAGGGCAUUUUAUACCUUUUAUAGGGCUUUUUUUUUCUAACCAAUUACAAGGUGUAAAAAUAUAAAUAUAUACAAGGUGUCAACCUAUUAUGUCAUAUUAAAUUGAUUAAAUGGAUUCAUUUAUGUUGUCAGUAUGAAUAACUAGAUUGAGAACUAAUUGCCUUUUGCCCAUAAAAUUCAGUUAACUAUUUUAAUGUUCAAAAUUUGGUCCCCAUUCAAUUCCAUUGUAAGUGCCUCACUGUAACCUUGAUUUUUAUUUUAAAGAAAAGGAGGAACGAGUCGAAAUAAAUUUUUGUGGUAAUCAACAUUAGGCCACAAAUGCUUUUGAUUGAGCUUAACUUGUAUUGAACCUGGAAUGUUCCUUUAAUGUCUGACCCUGGUUGCAAUUAGUUGUUUUGACACUUGUUUUUAGAGGAAAUCAUGCAAUGUCCAAAAAUCCUGUUCCAUAAUUCUCUUUUUAACCUUAAAUCGUUCGUUCUGUUCACCCAAAGAACCAUGUUUGACUCCCCUAAGUCUAUUCGCAUGUGUUCGUCACAUUCCCACUACUACAAAAAGCACAGUGAUCACUCUGUAUUUAAACUCUUCGGAAAAAUACACAACUGGUUUGUACAUAAAAACCAAAGCUUGAUUCCAACAACUCUGAUUCCAUGUUUCAUCAUGUAUUUAGGUUUGUAAUCUGUGGUUGAACACAACGGGGCUUAUUCAUUCUCCAUUCUAACCAAAGAUGACAGGUGUUGGAGUUGUAAUGGCCGCCCACUGCCAUUUGUCACCACUCAGAUGUGGCUUGGAGGAGGAGGGGGGCGGAUUUGGGCUGUUUAGACAGAGCCAUGUCUCACAAUACAGGCUGCAGUUAUAGCUGCCAAGGGGAAGUUUUGUGUAGAUUUUUGGAGUGCGUUUUCCUCCAGUAAGACAAGUGUUUAGAGGGCUGAAGCAAUACAGACUUUGAAACAGAGGACUGGAUAUGAGGAUGCUAUGUGCAUACAGGAGGGGAGGAAGUUGGACGGGGCUGGAGUUACCCAGAGACUCCAUCCCAACACAUUAGCUAUGUUUGAAAUAGCUUACAACCAUACCAUUAUUAAUAUAUUGCAAUGGUAAGAGUCAAAUGGAAGUAUGGUAAUCUGAAAAAAGCUAUUGAUUCAGCUCUUUUUAUAAACAAUUUUUUUUCUUGUUAAAGAAAAUAAGUUAUAGAAAUGUGUUUUUAAAGCUAUCCGAUGUAUGUACUGUAUAGCAUUUUUUGAGAAUCUUAAUCUGGAUGUUUGAGAAUCAGUUUUUUUUUGUUUUUUUAAACUUAAAGGGUUGGGAGCAAGAGUCAAUGGGGUUUUACAGUUCUAGCCUUUUAUGCAUUAUUCUAAUGUUGUUUUUAGUUUAAAAGAUGUCUUUUUCCUUUUCCAGAAUUAAUUGAAAAUAUGAGAUCAUAGAAAAUAAAAUUACAAAUUGAUAAUGA